AGGUAGAGGAGAGGAGAGAGGUGACGAAAGACCUGUUUGGGUUUUCCCAGUGUUUUCUUUUGGUUCAAGACAGGUCGGAUCUCCUCUUUCUCAGUUGAACGGCUGCUGUGCUCCAAGACAGUUGUUCUUGUGUCAGGUGGUUUUCUAUCUUGCUCUCUAUUCAACAACGAUGUGCGAUUCGAGACCGAAGACUAAGUAUAUAUACGAUUUGCCGUACUGCGAGAGGGAGGACCUAUGUCGCAUUCUUGAUUUGCACGAGAAAUGGAAAACUCUAGGUGGCCUCAUGAAAUUUAGCACAUUAGAUAUUCAAUGUAUGGAACACCUGGAGAGACGUGGGAAAUCACCUUCCGAUGAACUUUUGACAAAAUGGAGUUUGCAAAACCAUACCGUUCAGGAACUGUUUGUGCUGCUCUCACGGAUGAACCAUUUCCAAGCUAUGUCUAUUUUGAAACCUUUUGUUGACCCCCAGUACCAUCAAUUAAUGUUUGAAGGAGAAGAAAGUUGGACGAAGCUUUUGAUGGAUUCGAAUAAUUGUACUGGAGGACAAGCACACCAUCCUCAGGGGAAAAAGCUGAUGACAAACGGACCAAGUGCUGCUGCAGCUGCAAAUAAUAUGACUGAUGUUGGCCACAAUCUUAAUGUUAUGUUACCAGAAACACAAAAGAUAAACAAACCAGGAUUUUCUGAGAAAAUUCAAAAUAUUGGAAAUCCUAUUUCUCUUGAAGAAAAUGGCCGGCAGCCAUAUGCCGAGUCCCUAACUCCACAAACACCUGGAACUGCUUGUUCACCACCUGUUCUGACUCCAAAUGCUGGAAGUCGAUAUGGUGGUGUGGGUCAGCCACAACUGUCACCUGUAGGGAUUGCAGCUCUUUCUAAUAUUCCUUUGGGCCAACACCACUUUGAUUUACGGGCUACAUCAUUUCCGCAGCGAAAACUGUCAGAUGGAUCAAUGGUUACGAUUCCAAGUGAAUAUCAAAAUGUUUUACCAAUGCAUGAUUACAAGGAACUAGAAGCUGCAACAAAUGGAUGGAAUCCUGCCAAUAUUAUUGGCAGGGGUGGAUUUGGGACAGUUUUUAAGGGAGUAUGGAAGAACACUGAUGUGGCUAUCAAAAGGAUUGAACUUCCAAAAGGUGACUCAAGAGAAAGCCAAGAGGUUCAGUUUCAACAAUCUCACAGAGAGCUACAAGUGCUUCAAAGAAUUCAUCAUGAAAAUAUUUUACAGCUGUACAGUUUUAGUUUCAAUGGUAAUCAACCAUGUCUUGUUUACCAGUUCAUGGAGAAGGGAUCCCUUGAGGACAGACUUCAGUGCAGAAAUCGCUCAAGCCCCUUGACAUGGCCUCAGAGAUACAAUAUUGCUAAGGGAGCAGCUAGAGGACUACAAUAUUUGCACACCGUCCAAGAAAAACCUCUUAUUCAUGGAGAUAUUAAAAGUGCAAACAUACUCUUAGAUGCCAAUUUUGAACCACGGAUUGGUGAUUUUGGACUGGCUCGAGAAGGACCACAAACUCACUACACUCAUAUGAAAGUCAGCAGAGUUCAUGGCACAAGACCAUACUUGCCUGAUGAAUUUUUACGCUCAAAGAAACUAUCAACAAAAGUUGACACCUACAGUUUUGGAGUGGUCCUUUUUGAGCUAGCUACUGGGCUCAGAGCAUUUGAUGACAAACGUGUUAAUAAAUAUUUGAAAGAUGAGGUCACCAAUCACAAGGAUGUUUUGCAAUUAAUUGAUCCUAAAAUAGUUAAGGCUCCUAUAAUUUUCUCUCAUUUUAUUGACCUUGGAAAAGUUUGUGUAAGAAAGUUACCAAAAGAUCGCCCAGAGAUGAAAGUCGUUUGUCAGGACCUUGACCAGCUUGCCUCAAAUGCUGCUCAAGUUACUCCUCGAGAACUUCAAGAGUACUAUGACAAGUUGUAUGAACUCCGCCGACAGUCCAUCAGCAACAGUCCUCAACCUGUGUCAGCAGUUUCAGGACAACCCCCAAAUUCCUAUAGUAGGCAUCCUGCCAAUUCAAGUAGCCACCCGCAAAUGGGCCCACCUAUUACAGGUCAACCAUCUCUUGGAAUCUCUGUUAAUGCACCUACCAUUGGAGGCACUCAAGGUGUUGGUUGUGUAGAUGUUAGUGGUAAUGGCCAAGCUGGUCCAUCUGGCCAUGCUGGUAACAACAUAAUUACAAGUCGACCUUCAAUCCAACAUGCAAGUCCUCAGCAACCAUUGCCCAUCGACUUAAAUAUCAUACCAAAGCCAACAGACGGUGUAUCUGUGAUGACCGCUGGAACAGGAAGUGUGGAACCAAUGCUGCCUACUGUGCUGCCUACAGUGCUGCCCACUGUGCUUCCUGUCACUCGUAAUUCGCCUCUUCUUUCCCCCGUAAUAUCGGUCAUGCCUCCCACUGGCUCAGAAGCAUCCAUGGCAUCUACACGAUACUCAAUGAGUGAUUCAUCAGAUUGUGCAACUGAGGAUUUACAGCCUGCAUCAUCUAUCAUGCCUGAAGAGAUAAAUACUCCAUCGGAAGAACAGGGACCUGAAAAUCUUCCUCUGUUAUCAGUUCUGGGUAUUAGGGACGAUGAUCCUAUUUCAGAAACAUCUAAUUCUGAACAACCUGUCAAUUCUUUUAAGAGCUCUUAAAAUGAUUUCUGAAAUCUUUCAUUUUGUGAUAAAUUUUAUUUAAAGUAAUUUUCAGGCCCUCUACCUAACUAUAUGGCACAAUUACUUGAACCUAAGUAUAAUGAAUAAUAUAUAUCUGGAAAUUCCCAAACCCUUAUAGUUUGAUAUUACUGCAGUGUUCAUAGAAACUUUGCAAUUGAUCAUUGCAAUGGGAAAAAACAAAUUCUUCCACUACUCUUAUUAUACUAGUAGUAAUUUUAUAAGUAAGUAACUGUUUUAUUUUUUAAUGUUUUGACUCCUGUGAUAUUUUUACAUGUGUACUUGUAACUCCUGUUGUUUCAAUUUUCCAAAUUUUUAAUUGCUUCCUGAUGAACUGAGGAUAGAGUAUUAGACAGGAAAAUUUUGUAUACCAUAAGUUGUAUUUUUUGUACAAGGAUAUUCUCUCUUAAGAAAAAUGUUAUAAUGGUCAAAUAAAUCUUUUAACUAUGUGCCACUGUUAUCACAGAUGUGCCAAUCACA